ACUGUUGAUUUAUCAGUAAAUAUGUGUCACUUAUUGAACUAAUAAGUUACAGAUUUGUUGUUGGUUAACUUUUUCUCCUACUAAACAGAGCGGAACCGAAUCUCUUUCAAUUUUAUUGCUUGCGGAGUGCCUAUUAUCAAGAGCACCCCCUUUGGCUUACGGCAAGAAUUCUUUUCAAAAUGUAGGCACACACGCGAAGCAAGGAGGACUAGGCGUAGGUACCGUUCCAGGAUCAGUUGUUCUGUUUUGCUGACUGUGUGAUUCCUUAUUGAAGCCGUGCAUAGCCUGAUACUGAGUCUGUGUUUUAUGAAAUGGGUUUUUUUUUUAAAGUGGUUGACAUUUUAAAUACGCCUCAAUAGCCUACAAAAUGGCGACAGAGGAUGAAGAGUAGUAGAGCAGUAUGUUUGUAAAGAAGGAAACAACUACGUUUGUAAGAUUUAAGAUUGCUAUUUUUAUUAACAAAAUUUAACUGUAAUAAUUCACAGGGUGUCUCCUUAAUAUGAUAAAAUGGGUGAUAAAUCUCUGCUGAUAUAAUGACUCCUCGGUCAUUGUUUUCCGUCAUGCUCCUGGUCUCAGCAGGACUAUGUGAGCCGCCAUCUCCAAUUAACUCUACUAGAUUUAUUCACAUGUUAACAUGGGACGAAGGGCCAAACUCAACUGAUGGGCUGUGUUACACCGUAAAGUAUCACAUUCUGAAUUCUGGCAUGUGGAAGACAGUAUCAGGAUGUGAGUGUGUACUUCUCCCUAUCACAUGUAACCUGACAGAGGCUUUCUCAGAUAUUGAAGAGUCAUAUUAUACAGAGAUUAUUGCCAUCCUGGGAAAUAAUACAUCUCGUAAAGUGAUGUUGAAAUCCUUCAUACCAAAGGAAGACACUUUCCUGGACCCUCCUCUGCUUUUCUUGUCAAGCUUUGUGGACUCAAUGCGUGUGGACCUGAAACCUCCAUAUGAUUCUCUACUCUCUGUAUAUGAAAUGUUCACCUACACUCUGACCAUCGUCAGCACCAAAAAUGGCUUUCAGUUUUUCGAGGAAACCACAGGACUAAAGGGUGCAGUACUUCCCAACUUGGAACCAGACGCAGAGUACUGUGUGACAGUCAGUAUAAAAAAUAGGAAAAAUACCUACAAUCGCACUCAAUGUGCCAGUACUGCAUUGUUGUACAAUCCAGAGAAAGAGAUUGCAAAUGUCAGCUUUUUUUUAUUGCUUAUUCCUUUUUUUUUCGUCUUCAAAUAUUGUUACACAAGCUUUUUCUCAAAACCAUCUCUCCCAAAUGUACUGAAAUCUGUAAAAUCCAUCGAUGUGCUCCAGAUUUCCUUGGUUUAUGAUAUACCAACAUGUUCAAAUGUAUUGGUAAUGGAUUCAGUAAACAUUAUUAGCCAAAGCAAGAAUGAUAAGGAAAAGAGUAAUGAGGAAGACAGUAGUGAGCAUGCAGUGACGGGGACAAAGAAGAGCACUGGAAACUAUGAAAGGUGGACUGAACAGAUGGAUUGUUGUACCCAUAGCACGGACAACUCCUCUUCCACUUUGCUUCCAGUUUCUCCUCCUUCAAACAUGACAGAAAAUCAGUCUCUCUCCAAAUUUACAGUUAGCCCGUCAAAGUCUUUAACUGUAUCUGUAACUGGAUCAGAAGAUAUUCCAUUCAAAUGCCAUUCCAAUAAUCAUAUUACCAAUCAGACUUCACAAGACCAUUGUGUACGUGAACUGGGUGCAGGACCAGUAUUCCAAUUUGGCUUCAAGAUCUCAGAAUCUAUGAUAAAUGAACAAGAAGAAGAGGAUAAAGAGAGCUGCCCAGAUAUUAACCUGCUGUCUGUCACUCUGGGAAAGCAUGAAGAGGAGAAAGCAGAUGAACAGGAUGAUGAGGAUGCUUUGCAAGGGAGCUACCCGGAUAAUAAUCUGCUGUCUGUCACUCUGAGAAAGCAUGAAGAGGAGAAAGCAGAUGAACAGGAUAAUGAGGAAACUGAGUUAGAUUCUGUUCUGUGGUGGAAAGGGGGUGGUUCAUCUCUCCCCUUUCUGACUGAUAAAGCUGCGAGUUCAGAUGCAGAAACUUGUAAUUUGUGUACAGAGGAGGAAGAAAAUGGUGCUGGGUGCUCUGAGUACUUAAAGCGUUAAAAUGACUGAUCUUAUCAAUAUUACAUAAUGGCAACAGGAUUUCAUUUUUCUAUUCUGUAUAAAUAGUUGUGGAAAAUUUUAUAAAAAUUAACCGAUGGAGCUAGAAUAAAUUUUGAUGGACUUUUGCCAUGGACUUUCUUUUCCCUCCAGAAAUACAUCUUUUGUAAUGUGACCUGGUAAUGGCUUCUGUGACCUUGUCCUAUUGGAACAGUUAGAAGGUGGAGGGAUAAUGCAUGGAUGGAACUUAUUUUAAGAGAAAGUGCUAAAUCCCAGUAAAUUUUUAGAGCCCUCUGCA